AUGUCUGGCAUCUCCCAGUCACUUGAUGCCACUUUUCAGGCGGCUACCGCCAACUUCGCGGCGAGCCUGACGGAAAAGCAGCGACGUGAGUUCCGGGGAUGUUCCCGGAAAGAAGUCGAAGACGCAAUCAGGGACAUCGAAACCCGCCUGGCUUCGCAGCGACGACAGCGCAGCAUGCAGAGGAUUGCAAAGUUCGUUGAGGGAAUGGACCAGCUGGGAAAGGUUGUCGAGGUCUUUGUCAACGUCAACUCUACCGUGGCCUUCGUUUGGGGUCCUAUCAAAUUUGUCCUCCUCGUGAGUCUUCUGGGUCCACGCGCCUGGGUCGAGACGCUGGACUGUCUUGUCGACACGUACGCCGAAAUUGGCGACUUUCUUCCCAGCCUGUCGCAAUACGAGAACCUUCUUGCAAAUCAUCCUGACAUCGGCAUCUACCUGCAGAAAUACUACUGCGAUGUGCUGGAGUUUCAUAGGAAGGCCCUUGCUGUCUUCUCAAGACCAAGCUGGAAGACGGUUUUUCACUCGGCCUGGAGGACCUUCAAAACCCAGUUCGGACCCAUCUUGACUAAACUCAAGCAGCACCGGGAACUCUUGUCAGAUGAAAAGCUCACGGCUACCAUUGCCGACGUCCGCCAAUCCGUUCGAUCUAUCGAGGACAAAGUUGGCGAGUUGUCUCGGCAUCUUCAACGGCUUCACAUUAUCGACAAUGAGGAAGCGGCCCGACGACAUCGCGAAGACCUCAUUGGGAAACGCCAGUUCGUCCUUUCCAAGCUUGACCCGCCGGAUUACUACUGUGAUCUUGAAAGAGCGUCAAACCAGCGAUGGAAUUCCGCUUCUGGUGGCUGGAUCGAGGCGGACACUGCCUUCGAUCUAUGGGUGGACACGACCAUGAUACAGUCGCGAGCUCUCUACUUGACCGGCAUCCCGGGGACAGGCAAGACGAUUCUUGCGUCCCGAGUUGUACAACACCUCCAACAACUGCAGGAGAGAGGAAACCCCACCGGAUGCCCUUUUUUACUGCUCUAUUUCUUCUUUAAGCACCACCAGCCCGACAAGCGAGGUUUUGUCCCUAUGCUCCUUUCCCUCCUAUCUCAAGCAGUAUUUCAGGACGAAGUGCUUCUCGACCUUGUCUACCAACGCUGCAUACGGGUAGACCAGCAAAGGAUCCGGUCGGCUUCCCUUCUACGCGAACUAGCGGAGCUGGUUCUGGAAGCUCAGAGCAUCUGCUUUGUUGUUGUUGAUGCACUCGACGAAUGUGCUGGAGACCAGAGCGUGACAGCAGAGGAUGCGCAAGGCCAAGUGAUCGACUGGCUCGAGUCUCUCAUGAGACAUUCACAACCAAGGAACCAUGAGGCCAGCAGUGGGCCGAGUGACAGGUGCAUCCGCUUGCUCAUCAGCGGGCAAAGAAACGGGUUACUGGAAAGACGGCUGGGACAUUGGCCCACGGUACAAGUGGACUCCUCUCUUUCCCACAUGAACGAUAUUAAAACAUACUGCGAAGCGGAAAGUCUCCGAAUACAGCAGAAAUUCAGUGCAGCAGAGGAUGCCAGGCUGGGUAUUGUUGGCAAAGUGACCUCCACGGCCAAAGGCAUGUUUCUCUAUGCCAAGGUUGUGCUCAGUAACCUCUUGAUACAACCGACACGUGGUCAUUUCAAAAGAGAGUUGCGGGAGGAGAAUUUCCCCAAGGGCAUGGAACAAGCUUACGAGCGAGUGGCUGUCCACAUUCUGGAAGGACCAGACGAGAGCCAGUCUGACUUGGCAAGGCGUAUCCUGAACCUCGUCCUCUGCGCCGAGCGGCCGUUAUUCUGGAAGGAGAUACAAGCCCGAUUUUGCAUCGACGUCCAAUCAGAAACCGCCGAUCUUGACUUCCGGCUCCUCGAACCAGCGAAGAAGUACUGCGGUGCAUUGAUCGAGGUUGGUCAAAAGGAUCUCUCCGGAUCUCCGGGGUCUGAGCCCGACGACUUGGUGGAACUCGUUCACGAAACUGCCCGAAUGUACUUGAUUCAAACCGGCAGAUUCCACUUGGCCGACCUUCACGCAGACUUGGCCAUUUUUUGUGCUCAAUAUUUAUCUUCUGCACCUUUCAACCCCGACAUGGGCAAACCUGCUGUCACGGUGUACUGCCGAACUGGCUACUAUGGGUUCCUCGACUACGCGGCAGCGAACUGGUGGAAACAUGCGAGGCAAACCGAGUGCUCCAAGGACACAACUAUCCUUACGACUGUCGCCAAGCUGGCGGAUGCCUUAAAUCCCCAGGAUGAAACGGCGACUGCCAACACCGCGACGGACAUUACCGCGGUUCGGACCCAGAUACAUCAAAUCCCCGGUGACGGCAGAGACUGGGAAGACGCUUUCCCCAUCGAGGCUCGGGUAAAGCUGGUCCGAGCCGGCCUCGAGCCGCUCCUGGCUCAUGCGAACACCGAGAGCUCGGCAGACCUUGAAGAGAUCAGUCAUCUUUAUGGCCGGGUAGCAUACAAGUGCUCCAAGCCAUGGUGCUAUUUCUUCCAGACCGGCUUCGAAACCGCUUCUGCACGCGGUCACCAUGUCAGACAACAUGAACGUCCCUUCCGAUGCGGCAGUGAUGGGUGUCCCAGCUCCCAGAUCGGAUUUGCAACGGAAUCAGAGCUUUCCAGACAUACUGAACGUGUCCACUCCGAAGCUAUUCCUGUGCAGUUCCCCUCCGGCAUGCGCAGCAACUUGAACAUUUUCAAAGCUGCAAGGGAAGGGAAACUCGACCUUAUACAAGAGCUUGUCACCGGCGGGACCAGCGUCAACGUUCAACAGAAGGAUGGGUCAACCCCAUUAUUUCUGGCUGCGCGUGCUGGAAAUUACCAGGUGUGCCGGUGGUUACUGGAGCAUGGAGCCAAAACAGACACCCGAUGCACAAGGGAAACCAUAACGGCUCUGUGGGCGGCGGUGGCCAAUGAUGAUCUAGAGAUUGCUAGCUUGCUCAUCGUGGACCAUGGCGCUGAUAUAUCUGUCCAUGACAGCACCGGAGCAACCAUGCGCGUCCUGAUGGAGCGCAGUCGCUGCACCAGGAUCCCUGAACGCUUCCCUCUUGAGUUUUGGCUAUCUGGCAACCCAGGCAAGAAGGGUCCCGGCAAUAUGAGGCCUGACGUGCCCAAUGGACAGGCCACUACUAGUUCCCAAGCUUUGCGCGACCAGCAAAUGAAACUGAUGUUGCUAGAGCGGCAGAAUAAGAAGCGCUUGCAAGAUUUGGCGUCAGGAGCAGGACCUCAAUACCGCCGGCAGCGACCACCCUUUGCAGGACAAAUAAAUUCUCAGAAACCACCCGCUGGAUUGUAG